CCGGGGACGGCCACGGAGCGCCUCCUCGUCGCACUCCCCCCUGGCUCCAGCUCUCUCUCCUCUUUCUCCCUCCAGCUCCCGUUGCAGCUUCGACUCCGCUGUGGCGGCGCGACCGUGUCCCAGGCGCGGCUCCAAACGGCCAGCCGCCGUGAGCCCCACGCCACACGCGAUGCGGGCCGUUCUGCCGGGACCCGUGCCCUCCGGGCCGCGCGUCGCGCUCCUGCCGCCGCUCCUGCUGCUGCUGCUCCUGGCGGCCGCGGGCUCCGCGCAGGCCCAGGCCGUCGACUUGGACGCCCUGUGCAGUUACACAUGGGAAGCUGUUGACUCCAAAAACAGUGCAGUUUAUAAGAUCAACCUCUGUGGAAAUGUGGGUAUUUCCAGCUGUGGGCCGACAAGUGCUAUCUGUAUGUGUGACCUAAAGACAGAGAACUGUCGCUCAGUGGGUGACUCACUUUUGAGAAGUUCAGCCAGAUCACUCCUGGAAUUCAACACCACUACAGGCUGCCAGCCUUCAGAUUCACAGCACAGAAUCCAGACUAGCAUUACAUUUCUGUGUGGGAAGACCCUGGGAACUCCUGAAUUUGUAACUGCCACAGACUGUGUGCAUUACUUUGAAUGGAGGACUACUGCAGCCUGCAAGAAAGACAUAUUUAAAGCUGAUAAGGAGGUACCAUGCUAUGCAUUUGAUGACAAGUUACAGAAGCAUGAUUUAAACCCACUGAUCAGGCUAAAUGGUGGCUACCUGGUGGAUGAUUCUGAUCCUGACACGUCUCUGUUCAUCAACGUGUGUAGAGACAUAGACUCCCUUCGGGACCCCAGCACACAGCUGAGAGUCUGUCCUGCUGGCACUGCUGCCUGUCUGCUGAAGGGGAACCAGGCAUUUGACGUUGGCCGACCCAAGGAGGGGCUGAAGCUGUUGAGCAAGGACAGGCUUGUUCUGACUUAUGUGAAGGAAGAGGGAGAAAAACCAGACUUCUGUAAUGGUCACAGCCCUGCAGUGACAGUAACAUUUGUGUGCCCAUCUGAGCGGAGAGAGGUAAGUGGCUUGUCCCUAAGUGACUUUAAAGAUAGUGAUGCUCAGUCCAAAACACCACACUUUCUGACGGUGAACAAACACUGCUGCUUUGUGCUUUUUCUAGGGUCCCCCUAUGUUUCUGAUGGAAGAGAAUAUACGUUUUUUAUCAAUGUCUGUGGGGACACAAAGGUCUCACUCUGUAAUAACAAAGAGGCUGCUGUUUGUCAAGAGAAAAAGGCGGAUUCCACUCAAGUCAAAAUAGCAGGAAGACACCAGAACCAGACACUCCGGUACUCAGAUGGAGACCUCACCCUCAUCUAUUCUGGAGGUGAUGAGUGUAGCUCUGGCUUCCAGAGGAUGAGUGUCAUAAACUUUGAGUGCAACAAAACUGCAGGUAAAGAUGGGAGAGGAGAGCCUGUGUUCACAGGUGAGGUGGACUGCACCUACUUCUUCACAUGGGACACUAAAUACGCCUGUGUCAAAGAGAAGGAAGAUCUCCUCUGCGGGGCCAUCGAUGGCAAGAAACGUUAUGACCUGUCUGUGUUGGCUCGUCACUCAGAAUCAGAACAGAAUUGGGAAGCAGUGGAUGGCAGCCAGGCAGAAUCAGAAAAAUAUUUCUUCAUCAACGUCUGUCACCGGGUGCUGCAGGAGGGGAAGGCCAGGAACUGUCCUGAAGAUGCUGCUGUGUGCGCUGUGGAUAAGAAUGGAAGUAAAAACCUUGGAAAAUUUGUCUCUUCUCCUACAAAAGAGAAAGGACACAUACAGCUCUCUUACUCUGAUGGUGAUGACUGUGGCAGUGAUAAGAAAAUAUCAACUAACAUCACACUUGUGUGCAAACCAGGUGAUCUAGAAAGUGCUCCAGUGCUAAGAGCUGUGAGAUCCGAUGGCUGCUUCUAUGAGUUUGAGUGGCAUACGGCUGCUGCCUGUGUACUGUCGAAGACAGAAGGAGAGAACUGCACAGUCCUUGAUGCCCAGGCAGGGUUUUCCUUUGAUUUGUCACUCCUCACAAAGAAGAAUGGUGCAUAUAAAGUUGAGACAGAGAAGUAUGACUUCUACAUAAAUGUUUGUGGCCCUGUAUCCGUGGACCCUUGUCAGUCAAACUCGGGGGCCUGCCAGGUAGCGAAAAGUGGUAAGUCUUGGAACUUGGGGCUGAGCAGUAGUAAGCUCACCUACUACGAUGGGAUGAUCCAGCUGAGCUACAGGAACGGCACCGCCUAUAACAAUGAAAAGCACACACCGAGAGCCACACUGAUUACCUUCCUCUGUGACCGUGACGCUGGAGUAGGCUUCCCAGAAUAUCAGGAAGAGGACAACUCUACCUACAACUUUCGGUGGUACACCAGUUAUGCCUGCCCAGAAGAACCUCUGGAGUGCAUGGUGACAGACCCCUCCAUGAUGGAACAGUAUGACCUCUCCAGUCUAGUGAAGUCUGAAGGUGGCUCUGGAGGAAACUGGUACGCCAUGGAAAACUCCCGGGAACAUGUUACACGGAGGAAAUACUACCUCAAUGUGUGUCGGCCUCUGAAUCCCGUGCCAGGCUGCGAUCGAUAUGCAUCUGCUUGCCAGAUGAAAUAUGAAAAUCAUGAGGGUUCCUUGGCAGAGACUGUAUCCAUCAGUAACUUGGGAGUUGCAAAGAUAGGCCCUGUGGUGGAGGAGAGUGGCAGCCUCCUCUUAGAGUAUGUGAACGGCUCUGCUUGCACCACCAGUGAUGGCCAGCUCACCACCUACAGCACCAGGAUCCAUCUUGUCUGUGGUCGAGGAUUUAUGAACUCCCAUCCCAUAUUCACUUUCAACUGGGAAUGUGUGGUCAGUUUCUUGUGGAACACAGAGGCUGCCUGCCCUAUCCAGACAAUCACAGAAACAGACCAGGUAUGUGUGUUGUCAUAUUGCCCAUGCUUCAAUAUCUGUGGUGCAAUGCCUGCCUGUGGAACGGUUGCGGGGAAGCCAGCCUAUGGCUGCGAAGCUGAAACUCAGAUAGAAGAUAUUAAGGACCUAAGGCCACAGAGGCCGGUCGGGAUGGAGAGGAGCCUCCAGUUGUCUGCCGAGGGAUUCCUCACUCUGACAUACAAGGGCUCUUCUCCCUCUGACAGAGGCACAGCAUUCAUCAUCCGUUUUAUUUGCAAUGACGACAUUUACCCAGGAACCCCCAAAUUCUUGCACCAGGACAUUGACUCUACACGAGGGAUCCGGAACACUUACUUUGAGUUUGAAACUGCAUUGGCUUGUUCUCCUUCUCUAGUGGACUGUCAAGUGACUGACCCAGCUGGGAACGAGUAUGACUUGAGCGCCCUGAGCAUGGUCAGGAAGCCAUGGACUGCCGUGGACACGUCUGCGUACGGGAAGAAGAGGCACUUCUACUUGAGUGUCUGCAACCCUCUGCCUUAUAUCCCUGGCUGCCACGGCAUUGCAUUGGGGUCCUGCAUGGUGUCAGAAGACAACAGUUUUAACUUGGGUGUGGUGCAGAUCAGUCCUCAAGCUACUGGAAAUGGGUCUCUCAGCAUCCUGUAUGUGAAUGGGGACAGGUGUGGGGACCAGCGCUUCUCCACCAGGAUAGUGUUCGAGUGUGCCCAGACAUCGGGCUCACCUAUGUUCCAGUUCGUGAACAACUGUGAGUAUGUGUUUGUGUGGCGAACAGUGGAGGCCUGUCCAGUGGUCAGAGAGGAAGGAGACAACUGCCAGGUGAAAGACCCCAGGCAUGGCAAUUUGUAUGACCUGAAGCCCCUGGCCCUCAAUGACACCAUCAUCACUGUUGGCGAGUACACCUACUACUUGCGGGUCUGCGGGAAGCUGUCAUCAGAUGUCUGCUCUGCCCAUGACGGAUCCAAGGCAGUCUCAUCAUGCCAGGAAAAGAAAGGACCACAGGGAUUCCAGAAAGUGGCAGGACUCCUUAGCCAGAAGCUGACUUUCGAAAACGGACUGUUGAAAAUGAACUACACUGGGGGGGAUACCUGCCAUAAGGUGUAUCAGCGCUCCACAACCAUCUAUUUCUACUGUGACCGGACUACUCAGAAGCCAGUGUUUCUGAAGGAGACUUCGGACUGCUCCUAUAUGUUUGAGUGGCGAACACAGUAUGCCUGCCCACCUUUCAAUGUGACAGAGUGUUCUGUCCAGGAUGGGGCUGGCAACUCCAUUGACCUCUCCUCACUGACAAGGUACAGUGACAACUGGGAGGCUGUGACCAGGACAGGAGCCACUGAGCAUUACCUCAUCAAUGUAUGCAAGUCUCUGUCUCCACACGCUGGUACAGAGCCAUGCCCUUCAGAGGCAGCUGUUUGUCUGCUGGAUGGCUCUAAGCCUGUGAACCUUGGCAAGGUGAGGGAUGGCCCUCAGUGGACAGAUGGUGUCACUGUCCUGCAGUAUGUGGAUGGUGACUUGUGCCCAGACAAAAUUCGGAGAAGGUCAACCAUUAUUCGCUUCACCUGCAGUGAGAACCAAGUGAACUCCAGGCCCCUUUUCAUCAGUGCUGUGCAGGACUGUGAGUACACCUUCUCCUGGCCCACCCCUUCUGCCUGUCCUGUGAAGAGCAACAUACAUGAUGACUGCCAAGUCACCAACCCCAGCACAGGCCACCUGUUUGACCUGAGCUCCUUAAGUGGCAGAGCUGGUAUCAAUGCCUCCUACAGCGAGAAGGGGCUGGUCUUCAUGAGCAUCUGUGAGGAGAAUGAGAACUGUGGCCCUGGAGUAGGGGCCUGCUUUGGGCAGACCAGGAUCAGUGUGGGCAAGGCCAGCAAGAGGCUGAGCUACAAGGAUCAAGUCCUGCAGCUGGUGUAUGAGAAUGGGUCCCCAUGCCCUUCCCUGUCAGACCUGAGGUACAAGAGUGUCAUCAGCUUUGUGUGCCGGCCUGAGGCUGGACCUACCAACAGGCCGAUGCUCAUCUCCUUGGACAAGCAGACGUGCACACUCUUCUUCUCCUGGCACACACCCCUGGCCUGUGAGCAAGCGACGGAGUGUACUGUGCGGAAUGGAAGCUCGAUUAUUGACCUGUCCCCUCUCAUCCACCGCACUGGUGGCUAUGAAGCAUAUGAUGAAAGUGAGGAUGACACAUCUGACACCACCCCUGACUUCUAUAUCAACAUCUGCCAGCCACUGAAUCCCAUGCACGGAGUGCCCUGCCCUGCAGGUGCCUCAGUAUGCAAAGUUCCUGUGGACGGGCCCCCUAUAGAUAUUGGUAGAGUCUCAGGCCCUCCAAUAUUCAAUCCUGUGGCGAAUGAAGUCUACCUGAACUUUGAGAGCAGCACUCAUUGCUUAGCAGACAAAUAUAUGAACUACACCUCACUGAUCACAUUUCACUGCAAGAGAGGAGUCAGCAUGGGAACUCCUAAGCUGAUAAGGACCAAUGACUGCGACUUUGUGUUUGAGUGGGAGACUCCGAUUGUCUGUCCUGACGAAGUGAAGACACAGGGCUGUGCUGUAACAGACGAGCAGCUGCUCUAUAGCUUCAACCUGAGCAGCCUUUCCACAAGCACUUUCAAGGUUACUCGGGAUGCUCGCACAUAUAGUAUAGGGGUGUGCACAGCAGCAGCUGGCUUAGACCAGGAAGGCUGCAAGGAUGGCGGUGUCUGUCUGCUCUCUGGGAACAAAGGAGCUUCUUUUGGGCGCCUUGCAUCGAUGCAGCUGGAUUACAGGCACCAAGAUGAAGCAGUCAUUCUGAGCUAUGUGAAUGGUGAUCCUUGCCCUCCAGAAACGGAUGAUGGCGAGCCCUGUGUCUUCCCCUUCAUUUACAAAGGGAAGAGCUAUGAUGAAUGUGUAUUAGAGGGACGAGCGAAACUGUGGUGUAGCAAAACUGCAAAUUAUGAUCGUGACCACGAGUGGGGCUUCUGCAGACAGACCAACAGCUACCGGAUGUCUGCGAUCAUAUUUACGUGUGAUGAAAGUGAAGAUAUUGGGAGGCCACAAGUGUUCAGUGAAGAUCGUGGGUGUGAGGUGACAUUUGAGUGGAAGACAAAAGUUGUCUGCCCUCCAAAGAAGAUGGAGUGCAAGUUUGUUCAGAAGCAUAAGACCUAUGACUUGCGACUGCUCUCAUCCCUCACGGGGUCCUGGGACUUUGUGCAUGAAGGAAACUCGUACUUUAUCAAUCUGUGCCAAAGAGUAUACAAAGGUCCCCUGGACUGCUCUGAAAGAGCCAGCAUUUGCAAGAAGAGUGCCACUGGUCAAGUCCAGGUUUUGGGGCUUGUCCAUACACAAAAAUUGGAAGUCAUAGAUGAAACGGUCAUUGUUACUUACUCGAAAGGCUACCCUUGUGGUGGGAAUAAGACUGCGUCGUCUGUAAUUGAAUUGACCUGUGCGAAGACUGUGGGCAGGCCUGCAUUCAAGAGGUUUGAUGAUGUCAGCUGCACCUACUACUUUUACUGGUACUCACGGGCUGCCUGUGCGGUGAGGCCUCAGGAGGUGACCAUGGUGAACGGAACGCUCACCAACCCUGUGACCGGCAAGAGCUUCAGCCUCGGCGAGAUUUAUUUUAAGCUAUUCAGCGCCUCUGGAGACAUGAGGACCAAUGGGGACAACUACCUAUAUGAAAUCCAGCUCUCCUCCAUCACCAGCUCUUCUUACCCUGCAUGCUCUGGUGCCAACAUCUGCCAGGUGAAGCCCAAUGACCAGCAUUUCAGCAGGAAAGUAGGCACCUCUGACAUGACCAAGUACUACGUCCAAGAUGGAGAUCUGGAUGUGGUGUUUACCUCUUCCUCCAAGUGUGGGAAAGAUAAGACCAAGUCUGUUUCUUCCACCAUUUUCUUCCACUGUGACCCUCUGGUGAAGGAUGGCAUCCCAGAGUUCAGCCACGAGACUGCUGACUGCCAGUACCUGUUCUCCUGGUACACUUCAGCUGUGUGUCCUCUGGGUGAGGACUUUGAGGAUGAGGACGUGGGGCCGGAGUAUAAAGGACUCUCAGAGCGGAGUCAGGCCGUUGGGGCAGUCCUCAGUCUUCUCCUGGUGGCGCUGACUGGCUGUUUGCUGGCCUUACUGCUGCAUAAGAAGGAGAGAAGGGAGACUGUGAUAAACAAGCUGACCAGCUGCUGCAGAAGAAGCUCGGGAGUGUCCUACAAGUACUCAAAGGUCAGCAAGGAGGAGGAGACAGAUGAGAAUGAGACAGAAUGGCUGAUGGAAGAGAUCCAGGUGCCAGCCCCGAGACUAGGCAAGGACGGGCAGGAAAACGGCCACAUCACCACCAAGGCGGUGAAAGCAGAAGCUCUCACUUCCCUGCACGGGGACGACCAAGACAGUGAGGAUGAGGUCCUGACCAUCCCAGAGGUGAAAGUUCACUCAGGCAGAGGAGCGGAGGUGGAAAGCUCACAGCCUCUGAGAAACCCACAGCGCAAGGUCCUGAAGGAAAGGGAGGGUGAGAGGCUGGGGCUGGUCCGAGGUGACAAGGCCAGAAAAGGGAAGUUCAGACCCGGACAGCGCAAGCCAACAGCCCCUGCCAAGCUGGUGUCCUUCCAUGAUGACAGCGACGAGGACCUCUUACACAUCUAACUCCGUGGUGCCUACAGAAGAAGGUGGAGCCAUGGACAGCCAAGCACCUCCAACCAAAUAAGACUUCAGCUCGAUGAUGCGUCUGUCAUUUUGCCUUUAACAAAACUGCUUCAAAGGGAAGAGUUUCUGUAAUGGGGGAGAGGAUGGGGGAGGUGGGCACCACUCCUUCAUGAUCGUUUACAGUCAAUGGAACAAGGUGUUGCUUGAAUCGGCCAAAGGGCGGUACUUCGUGCCCAGGGGUUUGCCCCAAGUCCUCACUUACGAUCAUAGCUGCUGUGUGCUUCCAACAGGUGCCCAGGCCACAUGCAUCUCACAACAGAGGGCUGUGUUUGAAAAAAACCCUUGCUGCUUUAGACCCUACGGGGUGACCAUUUAUAUUUUUAGCAUUGUAAUUCUCUCCCCUAUUUAUUGACUUUGACAAUUACUACUCAGGUUUGCGAAAAA